ACACACAUCGGUGGAAGAGGGGAUUCUUCUGUCAAUCGGUCACCAACAGUAGAGAGUCUCGUUUCGUUGUCGCGGCUGUGCACGAUUGUGUGGGGCUAUGUUUCCGCGAUUUUUACACGCAACUUCACGGAGACUUACGGGACUCAUACGAGGAUCAUCCUAUUAAGAAUCAAUACUGGUUAAUCCCGCGCUGUAAUCGCAUGAUCGACUCUCGAUAGAAUGCAGUUGCUGUGUGCUGGAUGACAAGUGUUUCAACACUAGCCUUCUAGCGUCUCCUCGAGUCGAAGAAAUUGACCUUUCGUGCCGUUGGUUUCGAUUAGAUCGGUCGACGGAUAGUUCGACAAUGAUCACCAUAAAACGGGAGCGACGCCUCGUAGAACCUUAACUUGGGCGAAAAGAGCAAUUCGAGGGACAAGAAGUUCACGUUCCAAAAAUGGCCCUCGCAUUCGCGUGCGACCUGACGGAUACGUGAUGAUUGUUACGCGAGAUCGCGUUGUAGAGCUUCGCCCCACCUCCGGGUCAUUUCGACUCAAAUCAUCAUUUAUAGUUCGAUGAGAGAUUUCUGAAGUAAAUGCCAGACAAUCUCCAGUGAGGAGAAAAAGAGAGGAAAAAACGCAAGUGACUUCUUGGUUAUGCCAUCGCAUGGAAAGUGUAACUCAGAGGGUGCCGAAACUUUCUAGACGAUGUAUCGCGAACGAGCUUUGAGCCCCAUGCAAGUUCGCAGAUAAAGGUUUGCCAAGAAAAGAAAGGGCUUUCUAUGCAGUGGAUAUAUUUUAAAUGGGGAACAAAAUAGAUGAUUUUGGAGGUAUGAGACUCUCGACUAUGCAAGAAAAUAGUAGAAAUGAGAUAAGAAAGUCUGGAAAUCAAGUUUCUAACGAUGCAAUCAUGAUGGACAAUACCAAGUAUGGAGAAGAUAACAAAAGGACAGACAAUUUAGAGAGAGAAGAAGGUUCUAUGGUAUCCAAUCUUCCUCUUUUAUUUGCUAAUGGUUAUCCCACAUCUCUCGAGAAAAUUACCAUGGUGCAACUAGAACGUUUUAUAUUAUUUAUGGUUCAUUGUUCACUGGGUCAUGACACAACUAAGGUUAUUAAUAAACCUGAGUGGUGGCCUCAAGAUAUUAAAUUUUCAAGUCCAUUAACGAGACCUAAAAAGAUCAAUGAUAACUGGAUGGCAAAUCUGAAGAAAUUGGUUUUCCGAUGUUACACAUAUCACAGAAGUGAAUAUUUGUUACGUUUUUGUUCCUAUUUAGCUCAAUAUCCACACGAUGAAUUAGAAUAUGUUAAUAAUUGGGACUCGACAACUAGUCUGUAUCACAAAAGUACAGGAAAACUACUAGUAACAUUUCGUAAUGAAAACAUGCAUUAUGACAGAAAAAAUGACAGCCCCCGAAGAACAUUGUUAUCUCACAAUGCAUCUUCAUCAAGCAAUGGAAAAGCAAAACAAGCUCCCAUGAUGGUUCAACCACCAUGUGAUGAUAUUUAUCUUUGUGACAGUUGUGAUGCUGAAUUUGUGGGCCUUGCAAAUAUGAAGGAACAUGAAAAAAUAUGCUGUGAACAAGAUCAUGGUGGAUGUAGUGGCUCGCGCUCGUCCACACCAGAUAUGUCCAUGGUCGAGCCUGAGCUACAACAGGAUCAAUUUCUGGAGUACUUCCAAUUACGAUCUAGUAAGAUUGAAUCUAAAUCGGUUGAUGUAAAAAACGUGAGUGCUCCCGAUGGUAUCGCCAGACGCACCUCUGGACGUGUUAGGAGUUCUCUUAAUUUUACAAAAUUCGCCACUAUUCCAUUCUCAUCACCUGCUGGCAUAAUGCUAACCAAAAAGUCAAAAGCUAUGACUGAAGAAACGCAGCAGGAACGAUUAGAUAGAAUAGAAAGACAUGUCAUUGCGCCGAUAUUGAGCGAUUCGUGUAGACCAAAAUGGCUGGACGCAGAAAUAGAUAAUGAUAGAUGGAUAGUGACAUAUAAACAGAAUCGGGAUAAACCCACUGACCAUUAUGUGCAUCAAUAUAAAUUUGUGAAUUCUUCUAAAAGCAAACCAAUGUUAAGUAUACAGUCACAAUUACUCUACGCCACAUGCAGACCUAUUUAUGUUGUUCUUACCCGACUGAAUGAGAGGCAAAUUGAUGAAUUAAAAAAGGAUCCUUCAAAAUAUCAAUAUUCUCAGAGGAGUAUUAAUGUUCGGAAACUUUUAUUAAUGAGAAAAGCAGGACCAGCAUGUAAAACGAAGUCGAGAAAGACAGCCCACACGCAAAACGUAUCUGUAUCUUCGAAACGGAAGGCGCCACUGGAGGAUGAUGUAGAUCCGAUUGUCGUUGAAGAAGAAGAAGCCAACAUUAGUGCAUCAGCUAAAGAAACUUUAAUCGCGCUUGCUGCUGUGAAAUCAUUUACGGACAAUGCCGAGGCUACCAAACCAGCCAAAGAGAAAAAGUGUCCAUCACAUACGAUAAUGUUGAUUGAUCUCUGUUCGUCUGACGAAGAAGAAAACGAUUUGAGUACUCGGACGUCGUGCGACGAGAACAGAGAUCCCAUGAACACCGCAGAGUCUUCAAUCACAAAGUCCUUCUUACGAAGACUAUCACCGAACAAACUUUACGCAAAACUUUGCAUUUACCUCGCACGCUCAUCGACAGAUUAUCGGUUAUUGAAUAGUAUAUUGAACGAAGAUGACAGCAGAAAUAAAUAUCAAUUGUUGAAUACUAUUUGAAAAAAAAACGUAUACUUUUCUCUAACUUUCGUAAAUUGUAUCGUAAAAAUGCGAAAUUAACGUACAGUGAGCUAUUACUUAUUAUUAUAUAAGUGAUGACUUACAACUUGUACAUGUGUUAUAUUUCUUAUAUUUAUUCUGAUUAUUAAUACAAUAGUUGAAUUUUUGUGUUAGGUUAUCAUAAGACUGUUAUGAUUUCUUUAUGAAACUUUGAAUAAAAAAACUAAGUUAUAUUACAUGAAUAGAACAUCGAUUUAGUCAGAUUGCGUUCAGUUACAGAAUAUAGGGUAUUUCUCCUAUCAUGUUUAAAAGAAAAUAAAUGAGUGAGCGCGAGCAUGACAAGAAGGAAGGGGGAGGGAGGAAGAGACAAUAAGAAUUGUGAUAAAGGAAAAGUAAAAGAAUAUGUUGAGACAUUGCGUGACAGUUUUAAAUAAUAAGCAAUUAAAAUUAACUUUUUAUUUAUAUGCAUAGCAAUAAUAUAAUGGUAAACAUAUAUUGUUACAUUCUUUCAAAGUAUGCAGAAAUAUGAAUUGAAUAAUUAAUUUUAAUUACUUAUUCAAAAAUACUGCAUUCUCAAUAUUCAAAGUUACCUUAUCUUAAUUGCUGUAUUACAUUCUUUUAAACUGAAUAGGAGACCUCCUCUAAUAGUUUGGUGUACAUAUAUAUAUAUAUAUAUAUAUAUAUAUAUGAGUCAAGGAAUGCAGUUUAUCUUGCAAAAAUCUACUAUAAUCUAUUACAAUAUUAACAUAAGUUUUGAUUCAUAUAUAUAAAUGGAUAAUUUAAAUAGAAAUAUGUAAACAUACAAUACAGAACAGGAUAUGUAAAUGCACUAUUUAAUACUUAUGACAAGUAUUACAAAAUUUUACAUUGGAUAAAGAUUAAAAAGUGAUUUUGUUUUAUUUUAAAUACAGGUGCAUAUCUUCUGCUAGAAGAGAAGUUCAAACAGAUAAAUUUGUCUCUCCGUAAUUUCUGCGAUAAUCGUAGAGAUUUAUUACUAAGAAAAAAUUUUGCAUCUGUUUAUUAUUAAAAUUGUUUAUUAUUCAUAGAGAAGUACAUGAAUAUUUUUAUUCGCAAGAGAGAUACAGUUUGCGCGUUUAUAAUACAUAUAGUUCGUUUACAAUUUUUAGUCUUGUUUUUUCUUUGCUCCGAAUAGCUUUCCUGCAAAAAA